GGGGCAGUUGGAGGGGGAAACUCUGCAGAGAGGCCCACUGGCCUGGGGCUUCUUCCCCCCCCCCCCCCCCCCGGCAGCAACCUACCUGGGCUUCUUGCAGCAGAGCAGGGAGGAUGAUGCGGCUGAUGCAGAGCAGAGCAACCUUGGACAGGUGGAGGCAGCUGUGGAGCAAGUCGAUGGCCAAGUCCAGGCUCAGGGCGCUGUCUCCUUCUUAUUUUGUGACUGACCAGAAAGUAAGGUACUCUAGAAACAUCAAGACGGAAUCAACGUCGUUUGUGGAAAACCUAUUCAACGGACAGCUGGAGCCUAAAAGCCUCCUUCCUUUCCCCGCAGCUCUUUCGCCGGAGCAGGCCCAGCUCUUGCAAGCCAUGGUGGAUCCCUGCACCCGCUUCUUUGAGGAAGUCAAUGACGCGGCUGCCAACGAAGAGCUGGGCAGCAUCGAAGAGGAGACCGUGGAGGGCCUGAAGUCGAUGGGCUGCUUUGGGCUGCAGGUGCCGGAGGAGCUGGGGGGCAUCGGUCUGACCAACACCCAGUACGCUCGCAUGGUGGAAGUGGUUGGGAUGCAUGAUCUCGGCGUGGCCAUCGCCCUUGGUGCCCACCAGUCCAUUGGCUUCAAGGGCAUCCUCCUCUUUGGAAACAAGAGCCAAAAGGAAAAAUACCUCCCCAGGCUAGCAUCUGGUGAGGCCUAUGCAGCCUUUUGCCUGACCGAACCCUCCAGCGGCUCAGACGCAGCCUCCAUCCAGACAGUGGCUGAGCUCAGCCCCUGCGGGGGCUUCUACACGCUCAACGGGAGCAAGAUCUGGAUCAGCAAUGGGGGCACGGCCGAGGUGUUCACGGUGUUCGCAAAGACUCGCAUCAAGAACAUCACCACAGGGGAAGAAACAGACAAGAUGUCGGCCUUCAUCGUGGAGCGAGCCUUUGGGGGGGUGAGCAGUGGCCCUCCGGAGCAGAAGAUGGGCAUCCAGUGCUCCAACACGGCCGAGGUGCACUUUGAGGACGUGAAGGUGCCCGCAGAGAACCUGCUGGGGGGGCUCGGCAAAGGCUUCCAGGUGGCCAUGCACAUCCUGAACAACGGCCGCUUCGGCAUGGCUGCGGCAAUGGCUGGCACCAUGCGCGGAGUCCUCCUCAAGGCGGUGGAUCACGCGGCAGACCGGCAGCAGUUUGGCAAAUCCAUCGGCCGCUUUGGGGCCAUUCAGGAGAAACUGGCACACAUGGCCAUGUUGCUCUACGUGACCGAAGCCAUGGCCUACAUGCUGAGUGCUAACAUGGACAUGAAGUUGCCCGACUACAAGCUGGAGGCGGCCAUCAGCAAGAUCUUUGCCUCCGAGGCAGCCUGGACUGUGGCCGACGAAGGCAUCCAGAUCCUGGGUGGGAUGGGGUACAUGAAGGAGAGCGGCCUGGAGAAAGUCCUGCGCGACCUGAGGAUCUUCCGCAUUUUCGAGGGCACCAACGAGAUUCUCCGCUUGUUCGUGGCUCUGUCGGGCAUGGAGUAUGCCGGGCGCACCCUGAGCGGCCUGCGCAAGGACCUCUCCGACCCCCUGCUGCACCUGGGAUCCAUCUACAAGGAAGUGGUGAUGCGAGCGAAACGCAAAGUCGGGGUCCCCACUGGGCAGACGCUGCAGGGCCUCGUCCACCCGGAACUGGAAGACUGUGCUGCUCUGGUCACCAGAGCUGUGGAGCUGUUUGGAGAGACCAUCGAGAGCCUGCUCUUGAAGUAUGGCGCAGCAGUGACGGACAAGCAGUUCCACCUGAGGCGCGUGGCAGACGCUGCCAUAGACACCUAUGCCAUGGCCGUGGCUUUAUCCAGGGCCAGCCGCGCCCUCUCCCUGGGCCAGCCCACUGCUCAGCAUGAGAAGCUUUUGUGCCAGGCUUGGUGCCAGCAGGCCUUUCCACGAGUGCGGGAAUCUCUGCAGGAAGUCAAAUCCGCCAGCUGGGAAGAGGUCUUCACCCGCAUGAAGCUGAUCUCAGACGCCUUGGUGCAGCACAGAAGCACCGUGGCUUCCCAUCCCCUGGGCUUUUAA